GUGAAAGUGGACCGUCGGCUCGUGAGCUCGAGACGUCGCUUUACGUCGAUGAGCGGCGAUAUUUCGGACAGUCACGUGACCCCCGUCCGCGCUUCUGCUGCUGAGCUUGACCCUCCAGAGAUGGCGGGACGCGACCACCGCAACAACAGCUCCCAGGUCAGAGGCCUGCUGCAGGGCGAAGGCCAAGCCCCCCCCUGCUCCCCCCCCUCCAGCCCAGGGGCCGUGGGGAGGAGACGGGGGGAGACUGGCGAGGGGGCGAGGGGGGGCGCCCCUCCGCCGGGCUGUGGGCUGGCCGAUCUGAAGCACCUCCCCCAUAGCACGGAGAGGCGGGGCCAUCUGACCUUCAGCAGGACGGACGCCGUCCUCGUAAACGUGGAAGUUUUCAACCGCGAAGGUCGACUUGUGCCUCAGCAGGGGGUCGACGUGUGGACCAGCAGCGCGGUGAAGAUGCCGUGCUCCCCGUCGAGCUCCAUGGUGAAGUCAGCGAGUGGAUUCAAGGCAGCGGGCCCGGUGAGGAGGUGGGAGGUGAUCUCCAAGCAGCUCGGCGCUCUGGCCAGGAAGACGGCGGCGAGCGCCGAGGACGUCGAGGCCGCCGUCAUGAAAUACAACCCUAAGUAUAAAGACCAGUGGUCCUUCGAUGCCCUCCGCAGAUUUGUGAAGAUCGUCCCGGAGACAGAGAAUUAUUUCCCCAAAUUGUUUCCAAAGAUGGCGGCGUUGGCUUUGCGUCUCCCCGACUACGUGAAGAAGAGCGUCCCGCUGCUCCGGAGGGGCGAAGCGGCCUCCGUCACCUUGUCCCAGGUGCAGAUAUCCUGCCUCCUCGCCAACGCCUUCUUCUGCACCUUCCCCCACCGCAACACCACCAGCUCCACGGCCGAGUACCACGGCUACCCCUCCAUCAACUUCAACAGCCUGCUGGGUCAGUGGUCCGAGCGGAAGAAGGAGAAGCUGAGGGCCGUCCUGCAUUACUUCCACGUGGUGACGGAGGAGAAAUCUAAACCUGAAGGACUGGUGACGUUUGAAAGGCGCUGCGUCAGAGACUCGGAUUUGGUGAACUGGGGGAGCUGUAAAGACAAAAUGAAUAAACUUUACGUCUCGUCACACGGAACCAUCGAGACCCACGGCACCGGUUUGCUGCAGGUGGACUUUGCCUCCAGCUGGAUCGGUGGAGGUGUUCUGGGUUCUGGUCUGGUGCAGGAAGAGAUCCUGUUCCUCAUGAACCCGGAGCUGAUUGUGUCUCGCCUGUUUACGGAGAAGCUGGCGGACAACGAGUGUCUGAUGGUCACAGGCUCUCAGCAGUUCAGCUCCUACUCGGGUUUCGGGGACAGCUUCGAGUGGGCCGGCCCUCACCAAGACCCCCUGUUCAGAGACACGUGGGCUCGGCUGCAGAGGCGGAUCGUGGCCAUCGACGCGGAGCACUUCAAACAGAGGAGGGAUCAAUACAACAUGAUCAGCGUGAGGCGGGAACUCAACAAGGCGUUCUGCGGAUUCAGGCGGCGAGACGUCGACGAGCCGGACGUCGCCACGGGGAAGUGGGGCUGCGGCGCCUUCAACGGAGACCCUCAGCUCAAAGCCACCAUCCAGCUGAUGGCGGCGGCGGCGGCCCGCAGGGGUUUGGCCUUCUUCACCUUCGGGGACGAGGAGCUGGAGCUGGGCCUGCGGAGGACGCACCACCUGCUGGUGGAGGAGGGCGUGACGGUCGAGAAGCUGUUCAGACUCCUGGAGGACUUCUGCGCCGCUCAGCAGGCGUCCGGCCGCUCCCACGUGGACCUGUUCCACUUCAUCAGGACCAGCUUCGGGCCCUCCAGGAGCCACCUGUGAUGAUACCUUCAAAGCCAACAGGAAUGUUUCAUACAGAGAUGAAGAGUUGUGGUUUGAUUUGUGUUGGUAGUAAAGAGAAUUUUUGGGGAAUAUUACUUUGUUGGAUCAUUUUACCAGCGUUCAAAGGUUUAUUUUUAUAAUUUGAGUAUUUCUCCAAACUGGCCAAGUUCUCCUUGGAAUAAACUCCUCAGUACUUAGUCUGGGAGGAGAAAGGAGUCGGCCACUCUGAAAGAUAAAGGUUGGCUGCUACCUCUGAUUCCUGAAGGUUUAAAAGCUGCAUUCUGUGUAGUGACCAGCAGGGGGCGACUCCUCUGGUCCCAUAGACGUCUAUGAGGAAGUUUACGUCCUCCUCGGGUCUAUAUGGUCACUUCCUGUUCACGGUUGCAAACAAAAACGACUUGACACAUUCUUAAACUUGAACUGCAAUCUUUAUUUAUCCAAAACAAAAUAAAUACAUCCGU